AUGAACGAGCUACUAUCAUCUCUAAUUAACUUUCAAGUAAAUGAAGAGUUUAAAAACAGUGGUAAUAUUAGUGAUAGAUUAUUAUAUAUAGUUUGGAAUAAUAUAUUUUUAAGAAAUGAAAUUCAUAAACAUAUUUUAAAGUUUAUUGAACAUAAUGUUGUAGAAUUUGAUAGAUCAAGUUAUGACCAGUUAAAAGAUAAAUCAUAUAUAACAUCACUUAAAUGGCAUGGUGAUACACUACCAGAUAAAAAUGAAUUUCCACCAUUUUUGAAAAAUUUAUAUUUGUACACUUUUGAUAAAAUGUUAACUCCAACAACUUUACCAAAUACAAUUACUACACUCACAUUUGGUGAUGAUUUUAACCAAGUAGUUCCACCCGGCACAUUACCAAAUAGUCUUACAACACUCACAUUCGGUCGUUAUUUUAGAAAAGUAGUUCCACCCGGCACAUUACCAAAUAGUCUCACAACACUCACAUUCGGUAAUGAUUUUAACCAAGUAGUUCUACCUGGCACAUUACCAAAUAGUCUUACAACACUCACAUUCGGUUAUCGUUUUGACCAAGUAGUUCAACCCGGCACAUUACCAAAUAGUCUCACAACACUCACAUUCGGUCGUGAUUUUAACCAAGUAGUUCAACCCGGCACAUUACCAAAUAGUCUUACAACACUCAAAUUCGGUUAUGGUUUUAGCCAAGUAGUUCCACCCGGCACUUUACCAAAUAGUCUCACAACACUCACAUUCGGUUUUUAUUUUAACCAAGUAGUUCUACGUGGUACAUUACCAAAUAGUCUCACAACACUCACAUUCGGUUAUCAUUUUAACCAAAUAAUUCUUCCCGGCACAUUACCAAAUAGUCUUACAACACUCAAAUUCGGUGAUUUUUUUAACCAAGUAGUUAAACCCUACACAUUACCAAAUAGUCUUACAACACUCAAAUUCGGUCGUUAUUUUAACCAAGUAGUUCUACCUGGCACAUUACCAAAUAGUCUUACAACACUCACAUUCGGUUUAUUUUUUAACCAAGUAGUUCUACCUGGCACAUUACCAAAUAGUCUUACAACACUCAAAUUCGGUUAUGAUUUUAACCAAGUAAUUCUACCCGGCACAUUACCAAAUAGUCUUACAACACUCACAUUCGGUGGUGAUUUUAACCAAGUAGUUCCACCCGGCUCAUUACCAAAUAGUCUCACAACACUCACAUUCGGUGUUGAAUUUAACCAAGUAGUUCCACUCGGCACAUUACCAAAUAGUCUCACAACACUCACAUUCAGUGAUGGUUUUAACCAAGUAGUUCCACCCGGAACAUUUCCAAAUAGUCUCACAGCACUCACAUUCGGUUAUCAUUUUAACCAAGUAAUUCCACCCGGAGCAUUACCAAAUAGUCUCACAACACUCACAUUCGGUCUUCUACUUGGCACAUUACCAAAUAGUCUCACAACACUCACAUUAAAUUAUGAUUUUAACCAAGUAGUUCUUCCCGGCACAUUACCAAAUAGUCUUACAACACUCACAUUCGGUUUAUUUUUUUACCAAGUAAUUCCACCCGGCACAUUACCAAAUAGUCUUACAACACUCACAUUCGGUUAUCGUUUUAACCAAGUAGUUCUAUCUGGAACACUACCAAAUAGUCUUACAACACUCACAUUCGGUUUUGAAUUUAACCAAAUAGUUCCACUGGGCACAUUACCAAAUAGUCUCACAACACUCACAUUCGGUUAUCAUUUUAACCAAGUAGUUCUACCCGACACAUUACCAAAUAGUCUCACAACACUCACAUUCGGUCGUAGUUUUAACCAAGUAGUUCUAUCUGGAACACUACCAAAUAGUCUCACAACACUCACAUUCGGUGAUCAUUUUAACCAAGUAGUUCAACCUGGGACAUUACCAAAUAGUCUUACAACACUCACAUUCGAAGUAGCAAGUUUUUGA